CGACACUUUUCCUCUGAGCAGCAGUUUCAUGCUCCCCUUUGCAACCGAAACACUCGAAACUCCGUCGUUACUUCUAAAUCCUUCUUCUCCUUCUCCUUCUGAGACUCUUCUGUCCCUCUCUUCCCCCAGCCUCAACCUCAACCUCAACGCCAACGCCAGCCCUCGAAUCUCCAGCUUUCCCAUCCUUCCAAGGUCUCACCUGUCUACCCACCUGUGUCUCCUCCUGUCGUUGGGCCCAGAACCAACCCGAAUCCAAGUCGACGGGCUAGAUUGCCCUCUCCACUGUUGAUCCAGCCUCGGGCCUCCCAGAUAUCCACCCUCCGCCGAUUCCCUACGGAGCCUGCGGUGCUAGACCUCACCUUUUUCUUCUCAAUCCUGCCUCGAUCGACACUCGCUUCUGCUCUCAUAUACCCUUUACUUUCUUCACGCUCGUUCACCUCGCCGAACCUGGUGUAGGGACUACGCUCACUACCAUCACCUGAAACCGACAGGCAAUCACCACCCGAAUCCCGAAUCCCACCUGCUCGAUUCGUCUAGCCCCCUUUCCCAUAUCUCUCCUCGACACGGAGCUCUGCUGGCACUGCUAACCACAUUCAUCUCCUCCCGACUUCCGCUAGUCCAUCACAAAGACCCAUUGACUUGGUGUCUUGAUGUCCCAGAAAUCCAUGACCUCCACCAGUUUCCAGCUCUCUGGUCGUCAUCCAUCUGCAACGAGUGGUUUCCCAAAGCUCCAACCUGAGCCUGCCAACCACCCGGUACCAGUAGCUAUGCAGUGAUUUGAACCUGUCCCCCCCUCCAGCCCUACUCAAUGGAUUCCCGUUCCACAAGGUAUCGGUCACUCGACGCAAAGGUUGUUGAGCCGCCUCCCAAAGCCAGGGAACGGCACAACUCGGCCCCCACUGUUGAUCGACGUAAAGACCAGCACCACCAGAGGCGUCCAUCCGCCGUUGUCAAACCCUCUGAUGCCAGCCACCGAAGCUCAAAACCCCAUGCUCGGGUUGACUCUUUGACUUCUCCAGACCGUAGCACAAACACCCGACGCUCAGAUCGCCAUCAACUCUCUGGCUAUUCCCUCGAGGCGAAGAUACCGAACAAGGCAAGUGACUCGGAGUCGACCUCGUCCAUCAACUUGUUGGUACUGGGCUCUCGCAACUCAGGCAAAACCACAUUUAUUCGAAACGCUAUUGGAAAAGAGCGGUCUCGUACCUCGAUUGAAGUCCGCAUCAGAGACAGGUGCUAUCAGAUCCAACUCUUCGAGCUGCUCUUUGAGGAUGUCGACUUCAGUAGCGAGCGAAGAAUCGAAUGGCCACCGUACCUAAAUGGGGCUCCUCUGCCCGAAAUUGACGGUGUGUUCUGUCUAUACGACGUCUCUGACAAGGAAAGCGUCGCCGACGUCCCGGCUGCAUUGACCUCCAUGACCAAUACUGGCGUGCCUUGUAUGCUUGUUGCUGCCAAAUGCGACGUUAAGGACGAAUCUCGUCAGAUCAGUCCGCGUUUCCAUGAGACUCUCCGUCGCAAUCUUGCCAAGGUUGCCAUUGCCGAAAUCUCCCUCAGAUCACCUGAGAACACCAAGCAGUGUUUUCUUGCAAUGAUUCACCGAGUCAUUGCUUCUCCGCGAGCAUCUAUUCGAGCAAGCAAGUCGUCAUAUACCUCCACCGAGUCUGCAGGCAGCCAGCGCGUCGUCUCAAGAGACCCGUCGCCAAAGACCGCUCGAAGUAGAAGCCGAUCCAAUAGUCGAUUGCAAGUAUCCAAGUCCAAGGAGCUGCUGCUGAAUCUUUCAGUGCGACAAGCACUAGUCGAGUCCGAGAACGAAUAUAGUCAAUCAUCAGAAACGGAGGAUGUAGCUCCGGCCGGUCGCAAGGCCAAACUCAGGCUGGAUACAACCGCUGUUCCUCAAUCCCAGCGCCGUCCAGCGGAACCCCACACACCAAUAUCUUCCGGUGACUAUACUGGCAAAUUGACGUCUCUUGAAACCUCAACAACAGCAGUACCCGAAACGCCCGAUUCCUAUUAUGUAAAAUCAAUGCUUCGCCCUGAGUCGACAUCCACCGUUGACAGCCGAGCGUAUCAAACCUUCCUCAACAUGGACGAAGACUCGCAUGACCUCUCCCCUCGGACUGAAGUUGAAGCUUUGGCCUCGACUUUGGGCAGCCUCAAAGUUGACGAAGGCUCAAACACAGAGCGCGGGGUCCCUUUUCAGGAGUUGGUCGACAAGCUCCUCUUGUUGCCGACGAACAAGACGGAUUCCAAAUUUGUUCCGUCGUUUUUGUGUCUGUACCGUGCCUUUGCAACCCCCCAAAAGCUGCUUACCGCCAUUAUUGACCAGUUCAUGAAGGUGGAACAGAGUAAGAUGGUUCACUUCACCAAGGUCGCAGAGAUGCUUCGCUACCUGCAGGUGUUGGCUCAAUGGACUGCCACGUACCCCGGAGAUUUUUCUCCUGGCCCUGCUCGUGAUAUCGCUAUCCCAUUUGUGCAAAGCAUCGAAAAGAGCAAGGUGUUCGCCCCUGCUGCCAGAGAGAUUAGCAACAACCUGGAUACUAUCAUUCCUGAUGAAGAUUUGGAUUGGGCCUUUGAUGACUCUCCCUUUCCGUCAGGCAAAAAAGGUGGCUCCAGCACCCACCACAAAGCAGGCACAUCGUCGUCAUCAUCGACCCUGGUUCCGUCGCCGAGCACAGAGAAUAUGACGAGAUCAAGUCGUAGGGGACGACGAGAAGAAGGCGACAGUGAUGACGAUCCUGACGGGACAAAUUCAUCUGCACGCGGUUCCAAUGUCCCUUCAACAUCUUCCAGCAUGAUCAGAUCAAGCAAUCCCUCCAGUCAAUCAUACGCAAACUUUCUACAGUUGGAAAAUGCAAAACUGGAAGCGGAAAGAUUCAGGCCAGUGCCUCGUUUUCGCCUCAGUAAAUUUCAAUGGCAUCUAUUCAUGGAAAGCACCCUCGAUGAUCUUGCUAGGGAAAUUACACGGAUGGAUUGGACAGUGUACUCGGCAAUCAGACCCCGGGACUUUGUUCGGCACGUCUCUAUCUCCACAUCACAGAAAAGGAAAUCCAGCUCAGGCGACAACAUCGGUGCCAUGGUGAAAAACUUCAACCAUUUGGCAUUAUUUGUUUCGGGCAUGAUUCUCCUCCGAGACAAGCCAAAACACCGAGCAAGAGCUUUGGAGAAAUUUAUGGCACUUGCAUGGAAAGUGAGGCAAUUGAAUAAUUAUAACUCCCUCGGUGCUAUCGUGGCGGGCAUCACUGGCCAUGAGAUUGCUCGAUUGGGUGCGACCCGAGAUCUGAUACCGCCAGAGGUCCAGAAGCAAUUUCUGAGACUGACUAUUCUGAUGGGUAUAUCAAGAUCUCACGCCGCAUAUCGCAUGGCUUGGGACAAUUCUCCGGGGGAACGAAUCCCGUUUCUCCCACUUGUCCGACAAGAUCUUACUAUGGCAGCUUCAGCCAACCAGACAUUUAUCGGCACAAACAUCAAUUGGAAGAAAUUUGAGAUCAUGGGAGAUGUCAUUGUUGGCAUCCAACGAAGUCUGGAAAAUCCCUACAGCUUCCCGGCAAGGUCCGUUCGGACUGAUGAGAUAACCAAGUUGAUAUUGGAAACCAGGAUCGUUGAGGAGUCAGAGGACUCUGCAGACCCACGCAGCGAGCUAUACGACCGAAGUGUACAGGUGGAACCACAACAGACCGGGAUGGAUCCUAGAAAAAAGUUCGAUUGGUUACGGCGUUAAUGACGGGAAAGAUUACCGUUGCAUGAAGCGACGGUCCUGUGAAAAGUUACGACCAACAAGUCAAAUAUUGGUGUACAGAGAAUUCGGUAUGAAGAUAGAAAGGGAGGCUGGGGAGCUUUGAACAAGUCUCUUGAAGAUGCAGGCGCACUGUUGGCACUAUGAGAUUAUGAUUUACGACAAAAGAGUUAUGAUGUUACAAGUGACUGGUUACGGAGUUCGGGCAGGAAUGAGGAGGACAUCGUUGUCAAAGACCUACAUUGCUCUAUAGUGAGGCACCUGGAGGAGUUUCAUUUCAUGGCCGAGGUUGGAGGCGUAACACUCUAACAUGUCGGUGUGGGAAGCGAAAAGUCAGCCGUCGUCCUGCAAGGACUGCGCACAUUGCGGGAUACCUGUCGAAGGGACCAUUUCAGCGUGAAGAGCUGGGAGCAACCAUGGGAUCGAUAUCAGAGUGGCAUCUCCCGGGUCCUGGCGAUGCUAGAUCGAGAAGGAAGAUGAAAAUCAGGCGAAAGAAUGGCUCUCGAUACGUCGACAAGCCACCAGGUAUAACGGUGGGAGGUCUUUGUUUUGAAGGACUUGAUGGCCAGAGAUGGCGGAUUGCUUUGGUACUGGGAUGCGUAUGCUCUCGGUGGGUCAAAAAGCUUGGACUUCCUCAAGCGGGACAGAAGAGUGGCGGCAUUUCUGCUUUUUCUCGUGCUUCUUGCGACGUGAUAGGAAGACAAAAGAGUUUCGAUGCAACUGCCGCCAAGGCUUUUGCAGAGCCUAUAUAUGUAUGUCCUUAGAAAUACUGGAGCCAAACUGGUGCAAGAAGAAAUUGUUCCCGUG